GUGAUGAAGGCCAAUAGAAACAGUCCUGUUUUCUCAUGGCUCCUUCUCCUUCUGCUCUCCCAUCUCUGCCUGCGGAUCAACGUGCAGUCGACAGAGAUGCCAAGUGUUCAAUUCAAGGCAGUGAAUUUAGGCGGGUGGCUCGUCACUGAAGGCUGGAUUACACCUUCUCUCUUUGAUCGCAUAUACAACAGCGAUCUGCUGGAUGGUACUCAAGUUCAGUUCAUGUCGACUGCAUGGGGGAAAUAUCUCUGUGCAGAGAAGGGUGGUGCUUCCACUAUCGCCGCCAACAGUAGCAAAGCCUCCGAUUGGGAAACUUUCAAGUUGUGGAGAGUUUCAGAUGACCAAUUUCAGUUCCGAGUCUUCAAUAAACAAUUUAUUGGGCUCGAUGGAGGAGGGGGACCAGGCAGCCCCAUCGUAGCAGUCGCAACGAUGCCGGGCGAGUCCGAGACGUUCCAAAUUAUCAGGAACCCUGGUAAUCCAAACCGGGUUCAUAUCAAAGCACUGAGCAAUGAGAUGUUUCUGCAGGCAAAAUCUGAAGAUAUUGUGACGGCAGACUUCGGUGGAGAGCCAGGCUGGGAAGAUAGUAGCAAAGCAGUAUUUGUGAUGAACUUCUUUGGGAAUUCGCUUCAAGGAGAGUACCAAGUGACAAACGGCUAUGGAACUGGGCGAGCUGCCCAGGUUAUGCAAGACCAUUGGAACACAUUUAUAGUUGAAGAUGAUUUCGCCUUCAUCGCGAAAAGUGGCUUGAACGCAGUGAGAAUUCCAGUUGGGUGGUGGACUGCCACGAACCCUACACCUGCCCCUUUUGUUGCAGGAUCCUUGGACGUAUUGGACAGGGCGUUCUCUUGGGCUGAGAACUAUGGUCUCAAAGUCAUAUUGGAUCUCCAUGCACCACCUUACUCUCAAAAUCGAGGGGAUCACAGUGGGACAAGAGAUGGCACCAUUGAAUUUGGAUCAACUCAAGAAACCAUUGACAAAACUGUUGAGGUUAUAGAGCUUUUCUCGGCAAGGUAUGCAAGUUCAGAAAGCCUAGCAGCGGUGGGGCUUAUCAACGAGCCCUCAGCUCCUGCAGUGUCCCUUGAUGUCCUUGCCCGAUAUUACGAGGCAGGGUACGCUGCAGUCAGGAGACAUUCUCCCACAGCCUACGUUAUCAUGUCCAACAGACUGCACUCGACAACGCCAACUGAGCUCUUGCCUCUCGCCAAUGGGCGCUCUAGAACUGUCAUUGACGUCCACUACUACAACCUCUUGUCUAGUGGCUUCAACAACUGGACGGUGCAGCAGAACAUCGAUUACAUCUACCAAACCAGAGCUUCUGAACUGAACACACUAACCUCAGCCAGUGGCCCCCUUUCCUUUGUAGGUGAAUGGGUGGCAGAGUUGAACGUGACUAACGCAGGACCAGAAGACUACAAGAGGUUUGCAAGGGCUCAGUUGGAAGUGUACGGGCGAGCCUCCUUUGGAUGGGCUUACUGGACCCUCAAGAACGUGAACCCGCAUUGGAGCCUCCGAUGGAUGAUAGAGAACGGCUACAUCACUAUCUAGUUGUAGCACAUUUGCUUUCUUUCUCUCCUGCAUUAUAUCCACUGGGACUGCUAUUAUGUACCCAAGUCCUUGAAUAAACAUC